GUAAUGUCUAAAUAUAGACAAAAUGGCUACGGCAAUGGACGUAGACCCUCCAUCAUCUAGCUCUGGAAGCAGCGGUAAAGGAGAGAAGAAACGGUUUGAAGUAAAAAAGUGGAAUGCUGUUGCACUCUGGGCAUGGGACAUCGUGGUCGACAAUUGCGCCAUCUGUAGAAAUCACAUCAUGGAUUUAUGUAUAGAGUGUCAAGCCAACCAGGCAUCGGCAACAUCAGAAGAAUGUACAGUAGCCUGGGGAGUGUGUAAUCACGCUUUCCAUUUCCAUUGUAUCUCUCGCUGGCUGAAGACGAGACAAGUCUGCCCACUGGAUAAUCGUGAAUGGGAGUUUCAAAAGUAUGGUCGUUAGCAUCUUCAAAACAAACUAGGCUUGUCAAGUACAUUUCUUUUUUAAUGAAAGGUUUCAACUUUAAAAUUUAGCAUAUAGUAAACUAUCGUGCAGGGCUCCUGACGUCAGCAAGUUCAGUUUCGCCAUAAAAUUUAAUAUAAUGAGAAAAAGUCAUUUGCUACUGAUGCAAUUUGCUGUAGUGCGUAGGCACUGUCACACAUUUCCAUGUAAUUUGUCUCGUUGUCAUGGUGACACAAUUUAUUGCCAGACAAAUUGCUCGCCAAAUGUCAACAUGCGGGAUAGCAGUCAAGAAUCCAUGGUAAGUUGGUUAUGCAUUCUGGGCAUCAACCAAUAUUUUGGAAGUUGAGUCCAUUUUUAUUGACCAUGAAUAUUGGGCGAGGAUUGCAUUUAAUGUAACACAGCAAGGUUUUCUGCUUAUGUUUAGGAUGCUAGUUGAAGGCAGGGGCUAAUAUCAUCAGGAGAGGAAUGCAUGUUGAAUGAUUUUCAUGAGAGAGAUUCAAGGAAUUGAAACACUCCAUCCCUAGCUUUAUCUUUCACCUCCAUUUCUUAGAAUUUCAAUCUCAAAGUUGCAGACCUCGGACCUGUAAGAAAUUCUUGGGGUGGAUUUUUCUCUUCUGAAACAGAGUGUACAUUAUCUAGUGUGGGGCAUCUUUAAAUUCAGUUUUUCUCUGUCAGUAAACUUGUUUGACUCCUGCAGAAAAUGUGGAGCAAGUUCCAAUUCCAUGCAACACAAAACAGAUAGAAUUCUGAUUGAAUCCUCUUUUAUGUUGAAAAGGCAGUGAAAGAAAAAGCUUCAGACCGGAAGUUUCAUUCUUUCUUUGGGUGGUUUUUAAGUAAUCCAGUUUAAUGUGGCACGUCUCCUUUUUUUUGUUUGUAAGGAGCAGUGUUUCCAGGUUUAUCUGCAAGAUAAGAUUCCUUCAGGAGCAUGUCACUGAAGACCAGUCCAAUGUCCCAGGACAUACACUGUACUUACCA